AUGAACUUCGCGUAUCGCAAUCCAUAAUUCAUACCAAACGUGUUAAUUAUGGAAGCUCUCUUCAUUCUGACGGUGGUGACGACAGUGUACACAUCACCAAUUUGCUCUAUUUACUGUGAAAUCCUGUUCUCUGGUGACAACGUACAAUGGCAAUCGUAUUGUAAAUGUUUCUUGGACGCUCAUAUCAACGUAACUACAAAUUUACAUCAGAAACAAAGUUUAUAUAAGUUAUUAUUACAAAGUGUCUUAUUAAAAACCAAAUCUGUAAAUCGCCAUGAACUAUUGUCGUGGGACAAUAAAAAAACUACAGCAAACGUGAAGACACAUCACAACAAAACUAUCGACUCUGCAAUAGAAAACAAUGUUAACCGCUACCCACGUAAUCUCGAAAUUUUUACUAAAUUAAUGAAACGACACACUGAAACAAAUAGCUCGGAAACAAAAAAAAGAUAUUUUAAUAGUAAUAAACGAAAAAAAUCAGAUUAUGUAUCUUUUCACGCUUUAAUUCUAGCAACAAUAAACGUUAAAGCUAAAUUACCAAAGAAAUGGUCGGAUGAACGGGUAACAAGUAAACAAACAAAUACUACAGAAUUAAAUAAAAACAACGAAACCAAUUACAUUUUAGACACAGAUAAAUACGGAAUCAAAAAUAUGAGAACGAUAAUGGGAUUAGAAUCGAAUAUUGAUGCCGAUAAUGUAAAUAAUGUUUCAUCAAUAUAUGAUGAAAAAGUGAAAAAUAUUGCACCUUCUGAAACUCGUACAAGAAACCAUACUGAUAUAAAAAAUAUUAUCACCACAGAUGAUUUCUUAUCAUAUAAAAAUUAUGACACAACUCAAUCUAUCGUGCCAAAAGAAAAUUUUACCAAAUUAGAAUUAAUAAAUGACUUAAUUACUACAACCGAACCUUCUUAUGAAAUGUAUUUUUUAAAUUUUAAGAACAGAAAUAGCAAUGCAAUAAAUGAAGCUAUUAGAAAAUUUAAUAAGGGUCUAAAAUAUACAGAAAAAAGAGGAAAUGUUACAUUCUCUUCAGCUAAUAACGUCAAAAGUGAAAACAAGACAAUAAGAAAACACAACGUAAAUCGGUCACCUCCUUUAGAAAGUACCACUAAAAAAUAUAUAAAUAAUAUUUCUAUUGAAGCCUCACAGAAUAAGAAUCUGAACAGAACAGAAAAUUUUGGGAAAACUAUUAACAAUACUUUACAAAUGCAGUUUAAUAAUGUAUUAAAUACUAGUGACGUGACAUCAACGACAAAAAACGAAGAUGUUUAUGAUUUUCAUAUGGAUUACCCACAAAUACUUAAUAUAACAGCAAAAAAUCAAAUCAACACGAUAAAAAGGAAAAAUAAACGAUUAAAAACAAAUCAUUUUCGUGAAGAAACUACUACAAAAAAAUACAUUAAUAAAACACCGUUUAAAUUUCCAAACCUUAUACUUUCGAUAAAUAGCAAAAAAAAACAGAACAUUAACGAAUAUGCCGAUAUUUUUCAAAACGCUGAAAGUCCGUAUCAAAAUAAAACUAGAAUGUUCGAUAACAAUGAUGAAGUUUUUACUGUUUCAGCUAAUGACAUCAAUAUUAAUUCUAAAGAACUAAAUAUUAACUCGAUUAAUAGUUCAUCGGCAAUUGAUUCUCCAAAAAAAAUAAAUAGCAAUCGUAUUCAUUACCAGGAGAGGGAAAUACCGAUUAUUAGAAUAUUUAGUCAUGAAUUUCCAAACGAUACUGUUAUCAGUGUCAUUAAUGGUACUGAAUUUUUACCAAAUAAAGAUUUUGUAAGGUAUGAAACCAAUAUACGAGAAUCAGAUCAAAAUGAAAACACAAAAAAAAUAGAUAAUUUUAACAGUUUGAAUGAAGAAAAUAUCAAUAACAACCUUUUAAAAAACAAAUUGUUGCCAUUCAAUAAAACUAUUAUUGGCAGAUUAUAUUUUAUUACUGGCCGUCAAGCAAUACCGGCACUAUUUGUACAAAAACCAAAUGGAGACUUACAUUUGGGCUUAAACAUAUCAAAUAUUUAAAAAAAAACUAAUUGUGUUAAAUAAAACAAAAUUACUACUCUAAAAACUUCAUGUUACUUAGAAGUGCACUUACAACAAUAAUAUAAUCAUAAAAAGGUAGGUAUUUUAAAACGAAAACGUG